AUGACUGACGUCGGGGAGGAGCAACUGACGGAAAAGAAGGCGCAAGCUACGACGUUACGGAUGAGACUCAAACUAGACAUUCAUCAGAUUCUGCAAAGCGAUAAUCCAGAGCGAUUCCGCGAUUUGCUAACUUUUCUCACGUCUACAGUACCGGACAUCUCGCACAACGACCAAGAACGAUCAGCAAUAACGGAUAUUACGGAUGCCACCAACAUUGAUGUCAUCCAGCUGCAACAGCAGCAUCAUUUCGAACCAUGUAUCUUGCAACAGUGGCGAACUCUCCGUCACGAGAAUGAUCUGCAUCAGCCAGAGAAUAACCGGGGAGCACAGGAAAAACAACAAGAUAUUUUGCCCUGGAGUCACGGUUGCCACGGUGUCCGUGACGCGAGACCAGAUCAAAGCAAGGAUCACGAAAUUAGUGGUCAGUCACAGCUAGUCGUUCAUGUUCCACAAACGCCCAAUCGUUUCAAGCCAAACAAACGGGCACGGCCAACUACACCGGACGAUACGGAGAGGCAGAAGGGUCAAACCAAAAAUAAGCACACCGCACUAGUGCUCAAGAAAGGUAAGGGCAAUGCGGGAGGCAAGGCAGUGCUAACUCGCCCGGAGAUUCCUCUGCUUACGAAUGGACCCUGGCAGGAAAUGUGGCAAUCAUGGAGCGAGACGUGGCAUUCAGCUUCUGGGAACCGGUCAAGCUGA